UUUUGCUGACUGCUCGACAUUGUUCAGUUUCUGUGAAGCGAAAUCAAACAAAUUUUUCUCGCUGAAGAUGAAGACAGUACGCAGAUCUCGACGAAAUACACGAAAAAUUAAGAGUGAAUCGUCCUUUGAUCUAGUAGACGCCAACUUGAAACCAAGAAAGCCUGACAUCACCUCAUCACUGCCUGCGGGUAAUUCCGAGGAAACAAUCAGCUCAAACAGAACAAAGUGGAAAAGCAGGAAAUCACGAGCUAUUCAAGUUACCCCGGAUGAUAUUGACGAAACUGACACUACCAGUCCUGGGGUACCUAUAGUGUCUGGUGAGAACGAGCCAAUUGACCCAGGUCAUGGCGAACCCAUCACACCACAAUGUCGAUUUUGUUUGCGAAGAGUUUCGCGUGCGAAUCUCAAAAUAAUUCUCCCCAAACAUAAACCCAAGGCACUAGCUGCCUUGAAAAUAAAAAUCUUCCCCGGGGAUGCAUAUCCGUUUGCAUGCUGCAACUGCUUGAACUUGAUAGAAAUCAUUUUGGAUUUCAAAAGCACCGUGUCCAAGGCAAAAUAUUUGCUGCUCGAUCAGCGGAUGUAUCUGGAGAGUGAAGGAUGGGACGACGAAGAUUGUACCGAUGCAAUUUCCAAAUGUAGAACGGUAGUGGAGCAACACAAGAAUCAGAUCGAUUUGAUCCAUGAGGAAGCCGUGAAUCGAAAAGAAUAUGAAUUGAAAAAUGACAGUUUGGCGGAUGGCUUCGAUCAGGUUGACGAUCUUGGGGAUCUUCAGUGUGAAACUACGAUAGGAAGUGGUACGCCGGAGCAAAUGGUUGAACCGGUUCAGGAUGUACCCGCUGAGGAGGCAACAGAGGAAAAUGAAUCGACAAUGCAUUCGUCUGAUGGCGGUAGUGAGGACUCAGAUUACGAGCCACCGUCGGAUUCGCAGGAUGAAGAUUAUGGAACUGCCUUAAGAAAAUCGAAGAAACUUAAAAAAGCCAAUGCGAAAAAUGAUGAGAAACGACCGGAGUCAGGGUUUCGGGGGGAACUGUGUGAUCUUUGUGGACAGCGAGUCUCGGCUCAGGCUGCUGAAUCGCAUAAAAAUCGUCAUUUAGGUAUUAAACCCUACAAAUGCCCCUCGGAAGGAUGCGAAUUAACUUUCUACAGUAGAGUCAAUCAGAUAUCGCACGUACAGCGUAUUCAUGGUGAAAAUGGUGUGCCGGUACAUAAGUGUGAUAUCUGUGGGCGGCAUAUUCGAGGAACGCUUAAAGUAAUCAACUACCAUAAGCGCACGCACGAGCAAAAGAAAGAGCACGUAUGUCAGUUUUGCGGAAAAGGAUUUACGAUGCGGCAGUAUUUGAAGCAGCAUGUCACCGUUGUGCAUACUGAGGUCUUUCCGCACAAAUGCAGCUAUUGUGGGAAAAAGUUUAAAUUGAAAUGGAGCAUGCUAGCGCAUGAGAAGAAUGUACAUGAAAAGAAAUUUUCUGCCGGAUUGUCGCAGGAACAACAAUCAUCGAAUUACGAAACGCCGCAGGAUAUAAGUAUUGAUUAUGCCUAAACAAUAAAUGUCAAAUUAAGUGUGUGUCAUUUGUAUUUAAAAUAGCCGUAUAUAUGAUAGUUCAUGAAUAGUCGUUCAUGAAUCAAAAGAUAGUGUUUGUGAACAGGAAUUGCAAUACUAUUUCAUAUAUUUAUUAAAGUGAUGUACGGUAAGUUUUCGACGAAUGCUAGUUAUACUUACAUAAAGUCUUAAGCUCUAAGAAUAAACCUACAGAUUAGUCACGUAA